AUGUUACCGAAUCGUACUAGUAAAUGGACAAGAUUUUACCUUGUAGUAGCUCUUCUUCUCUGCAUGUGCAUGGUAAUGGUUGCAGCUGCCCCACGUCGUGCAGCAAGAGCCAGUGGAGGUGGGGCAAGGCCACGUGCAACUCCAAGUGCAAGAAGGAGCAGUGGCGGUGCUGCUGUACGUGGAGGAGGUUCUCGUGGAGCUGCUGCCAAACCACGAGGAGGUGGAGCAGGCACUGCUAAACCAGCUUCCAAUGGAGCUCGUGCUGCGGCUCGUGGAGGAAGAAAGGGAAGAGCUGCUUCUGCUGGAUCUUCCCAACAAAGAGCUCAGGGAGCACUGAAUCGUCUCGGAGCUGCCAAAAACAAGCUCAAUCAAUUGAACAAUAUGAAGAAUCAAGCUUUACAAAAGAGACAACAAGCUUUGGAUAUGUUAAACAAAGCAAAGGAACAAGCUGGAGCAUUAACAGGUGAAAAGAAUGGAGGUGAAGCAGCAAAUGGAGAGCAACAACAAGAAGGAGCUGGUGCAGAGAAUAAGGACCCAUCGGCAGCUGCUUCCAACAAUGCUGAACAACCACAACAACAAGCCAAUGAAACUCCCCAACAAGAACCAUCCAAAGGUGAGACCCAAAAUGGUGCUUCUGAAAAUCAGAGUUCCGAAGGAAAUUCCCAACAAGGAGCUUCUUCUUCAUCGAUCUCUGGACCUCAAGAGAAUGGAGCUAGUAAUAGCAAUGGAAAUAUCGCUAUUAACAACAAUCAUCAUACACCAGCAGCUUCUUCGCCUCAACAACAAGGUGCUGGCUCUUCAUCGAGUGGUGGUUGGUCAUCGUCUGCUUCAAGUCCAGCCAGUGCAAGUUCUGAAAAUUCUUCCUCAGCUCCAUACAGCGUUGAUUUGGGAGCUGCUUCCAAACAUCAUGCCGUCGUUAAGAAGGUCAGAAAAUUGAGAGGAGGUGGUAUCGAGUUGGUCAUUAAUGUAAAUGUAAAAUAA